CUGCCUUCUCCUUUGCUCUUCCUACCUGCACAUUCAGGCCCCUAACAAUUUGGAAUCAUGAAGUGGGUAACAUUCAUUUCUUGCCUUCUCUUAGUAAGCUUUGCUGAAUCAAAACACCUUCCUAGAAAAUACCGAGAUGCAGAUGUUCAUGACACAAUCAGCCGGGCCUCUGAACUACCGCCUGAUGAUUUUGCAGCAAUUGCCAUGAUCUUAUACUCUCAAGUGGCACAACACGCCACAUAUGAAGAGGUGCAUAAACUGAUGGAUGACAUUGUUGCACUUGCAAAGAAAUGUGGUGCUGAUGAACACUCAGAUCCUGAAUGUGUAAAAACUUUGCAUGUUGUUUUCGAAGAUGAAAUAUGUCAUGAACAAGGUUUUGCUGACAAACAUGGAUUUAGCGAUUGCUGCACUAAAGCUGAUGCAGAAAGAACUGAAUGUUUCUUGGCUCACAAAAAUGCAACUCCAGGAUUUAUUCCACCUUAUCAAAAACCAAAUGCUGAUGAAGCCUGUGCAAAAUUUGCAGAGAACAAGAAUGAAGUUUUGGGCCACUACAUCUAUGAGGUGAGCAGAAGGAAUCCCUUCGCAAAUGUUGCCAUAAUCUAUAAAGCAACUGCUGCUUAUGAGCAUGUCCUGACUUCUUGCUGCGCAAAAGAGGACAAACCUGCCUGCUUCCAAGUAGAGGCUCCACCUGUGAAAAAGCAAUUGAUGGAAGACCUUGGUAUACAAAGACACACUUGUGCUGUCAUGAAGAAAUUUGGAUCAAGAGUAUUGAAAGCAUUUAAAACUGCUAUCAUGGCUCAGAAGUUCCCAAAGGCUUCAUUUGAGACAAUCAGCAAGAUGGCUGAAGAUAUUGCACACAUCCAUGAAGAGUGUUGCAAAGGAGAUACACUGGAAAGCAUGCUUGAUCGGGAAAAACUGACAAAAUAUGUCUGCUCUCACCAAAAUGAGAUCUCUUCAAAACUGUCAGCUUGCUGUGAAAAACCUGUGGUGGAACGAGGAGAAUGCAUGGUCCAUUUGGAGCAUGACGACAAGCCUGCAGAUCUGUCUGAAACAGUCAGAGAGUUUGUGGAUAACAAAGAAGUGUGCCAACGUUAUACUGACAAUAAAGACCUGCUUCUGGCAAAAUUUCUGUAUGAGUAUUCAAGGAGACAUCCAGAGCACUCUCCACAACUGCUUGUCAGAUCUACCAAAGGCUACGAGGAGCUGCUGGAGGAAUGCUGUAAAACUGAACAUCCUGAAACAUGUCUGCCAAAAGGGGAGGCACUACUGAAAAAACAUAUUACUGAUACCCUGGAACUGGUGAAGACACGCUGUGACCAUUAUGCUCAACUGGGACCCUACCUCUACCACAAUGAACUUCUUGUUGCCUACACCAAGAAAGCACCAGAGCUCUCCUUCCAUGAGCUUCAGAAGUACACAGGCCAAUUCAGAGAUGUUGCUGCCAAAUGCUGCAAGAUGGAUGAUGCCCACAGAAUGACAUGUGCUGAAGGAUAUGCGGAUCUAGCAAUAGGAGCCAUCUGCGAGAGACAUGAAGAACAUCACAUCAACAAACAAAUUUGCAAAUGCUGUGGUGACUCCUACUUGAAACGCCGUGAGUGCUUCAGUAACUUAGGAGCUGAUGAAGAAUUUCAUCCUAUUGCAUUUGAUCCUGCAUUGUUCACCUUCCAUGGAGACUAUUGUGCUGCUAAAGAAGAAGAACAGCGAUCAAUGAAACAAGAGCUGCUUGUCAAUUUGAUUAAAUACAAGCUCGGCAUCACAGAAGAGCAACUUGCAGUUGCUAUUGUGGAUUUCAAUGGCGUGGUAACAAAAUGUUGUGAAGCUGAAAACCAUGAUGGAUGUUUCACUGAAGAGAGUCCUAAAUUGAUUGAACGGAUUAAGGCUGCUCUUGGAGAGCAUUCGCUGAGAAUGGGGGUACAGGAUAUAAAAGCUUCAUUGACUCCAUUGCUCUUUCUCCCUCACACAGUGCAGCCCAUAAUAAAGCAGCUUAGAACCAUGAAGUGGAUAACAUGCAUGUUUUGCCUUUUCUGGGCAAAUUUUGCUGAAGCAGAAUCCUUGACAGAAAGACAGCAGAUAUUAUUGGAAAGAUUUACAUCGCUGACCCAUGGAGAACCAUUUCCUGAAUUCACAUAUCUUGCAUUGAUUGCCCAGAAUGUGCAAAGAGCCACAUAUGAAGAGGUGAUGAAAAUUACAAAUGGCAUUGCUGAACUUUCAAAGAAAUGUAUUCCUAAUGAACAAGCAGAUCCAGAAUGUGCAAAGCCCUUGGAAACUGUUCUCUUUGAUAAAAUUUGUAAUGAGCAAGGACUUGGUGACAAAUAUGGAUUUACUGAAUGCUGUGGCAAAGUCAGUGAAGAAAGAAAGGAAUGUUUUCUAUCCCAUAAAAAUGCAACCCAAGGAUUCCUUCCUCCCUUUGAAGAACCAACACCAGAAGAUCAUUGCAAAGCCUUUCAAGAAGAUCCCACUGCAGCAAUGAGCCACUAUCUCUAUGCGAUUGCCAGAAGAAAUCCUUUUACAAGUGUUUUCGUCCCCUUUGCUGUUAUUCAGGACCUCAAGGCUGUAUUGACAGACUGCUGCCAGGAAGGCAACCAAAAUUCAUGUUUGGAUGAAAAGAUCCCAAAUGUCAGAGAGAAACUGUUGACAGCCAUUCAUAUGGAGAAGCACACCUGUCAUAUCCUGAAGAACUUUAGGAAAAGAGCUAUCAAGGCUGUAAAAUUUGUUCAGCUUAGCCAGAAGUUUCCAAAGGCGGAAGUUCUUACCAUUGACAAACUGGCUGAAGAAAUUGCACGUAGUCAGGAGAAGUGCUGCAAAGGUGACACACUGGAAUGCUUUCUUGAAAAGGCAAAUGUGACAUCCUAUAUCUGUGGCCAUCAAGAUAUUUUAUCUUCUAAAUUGGAACUCUGCUGCAAAAAGCCAUUUUUGGAACAAAAUGAUUGUAUUAUGAAUAUGGAAAAUGAUGAAAAACCAGCAGAUUUGUCUCCAGAUCUUAGAGAGUUCGUGGACAAGGAAGACCAGUGUCCACGCUAUGCUGAGGACCAAAACCCUCUCCUCGCAGAGUUUGUUUAUGAGUAUGCCAGGAGACACCCUGAGUUUUCUGCAGAGCUGAUUCUGAGGCUUGGCGAAGACUAUGAAGAAUUGUUGGAAAGGUGCUGCAAAGCUGAAAAGCCCAAGGAGUGCCUCAGCCAAUGGGAAGAGCUCCUCCAAAAACACAUUGCUGAUACCGUAGAAGUGACCAAAAACACCUGUGUGGUGUCUGCAAGAAUAGGAGAUUGUGCCCUCCACAAUGAGCUUCUUGUUUGCUAUGCCAAGAAAGCACCACAGCUCUCCUUUGAGGAGCUCUAUGAAUAUACCAAGGGAUUCAUGGAUGUUGCUGCCAAAUGCUGCAAGAAGGAUGAGACUUAUAUGCAGAUUUGUAUUGACAGAUAUGAAAAUCUAAUGGCAGGUGAUAUAUGUCAGCGACAUGAAGAACAUCCCAUCAACAGACAGCUUGGCCAAUGCUGUGAGGACUCCUACAUUAAUCGUCAGAAGUGCUUUACUGGUUUAGGAAUAGAUGAAGAAUAUGUUCCUCCCCCAUUUGACCCUGAAUUGUUUGCCUUUCAUGGAGAUUUUUGCUUAGCCAACACAGAUCAGCAUGUAAAGAAACAAAGGUUACUUGUCAACUUAAUUAAACAGAAACCCACCAUCACAGGUGAACAACUUCAAGGUGUAGUCAAAGAAUACUUAGACAUGGAGACAAAAUGCUGUGAAGCUGACAACCACGAGGAAUGUUUUGCAGCAGAGGGCCCAAAACUAAUUGAGAGGACUAGAGCCAACCUUGGAGAGAACUAAAGUGAAUUCGUACAGAGAUAUUAUUCAUUUUAAAGACUACAAUGACAACCUCCCUCUAAAAGAAUCUUGCCAAGAUGACUGCAAGUUGGAGUCAACUGAAAGACAAACAACAUUUUAUUAAUAGUCAGAUAUAACACUGUGACAAGAAUAUUCUUCCAGAUUAAGAUUAAAGAUUUUAAACCAAA